UAGUGGCCCUAUAAACCCCAACAACAACCCUGGGAGUGACGGUAUAGUGCCCUUAAUGGCCCUAUAAACCCCCAAUAACAACAACAACCCUGAGAGUGACAGUUUAGUGCUUUCAGUGGCCCUAUAAACCCCAACAAGGAGAAGAAGAAGACAUUUAAGUGACCCUUAAUAAUAUACACUGCUCGAUCUUAUCUACAACAAACUCGCCGUUUUGAUCAAUGAUAAUGAAAUCUGUGUAACAAAACUGGGGCAACAAGAUGGAUGGAGUGUUGAAGAGAGUGCGAGAACUGGACUUGCAUGAUCAGCGUGAUCUCCUGGUAGCCCUGGUGGUGGGACAUCCACCAGAGGUACAACAAGCUCUUCUUCUUCCCACUGUAACGGCUGCUUCCAGUUAUGUAAAGUGGCACUUGGUAAGUUCCAUUUCUAGUCAAGACACCCCAGACCUGUUGAGACUGCUGCCUCCUGAGUUACAGAUAGCAGUGCUCCAGUGUGUUGAUGGCCCCAGUCUCUUACGAGCAUCUCAGGUCUCAAGAGAAUGGAAUAGAAUUGUCAAGAAUCAUCACAGUAUAUGGCUCAGGAAAUGUAAAGAAUUGGGAGUAAAUGUUGAAAAAGUCAGUAAUGAUGCUAACUGGCAUGAGGUGUAUGUGACAUCUCUACGGCAGCAGCUGUCUCUUAAGAAUGGAACUGCCUUCAGUGAGCGCUUCAUGCAACUUCAAAACUGCAAGAAGGCUGUAAAGGCUGUAGAUUAUCAGAAUGGCUUCCUUUGUACAGUGUCAGAGGAAGACUACGUAAAUAUCUGGCAGCUGGAACUCAACAUUCCAGUGCUGACCUUCCCAGUCGAGCGUGCUGUUUCUUGCAUUAAGUUCAGAUCAAAUUCUCUCCUCAUCUGUGGCCAUUUUGUUGGCAUCUUAACUGCUUGGGAUGUAAGCAUGAUGAGUAGACUGUCAUGUGUGGUGUAUAAUGCUGCAGGUGACAAUCCUGGUGAUCAUGCUCUCCUCAGGUGCAAGUUUAAGAUGCAUGCUGGUCCUGUAUUCAGUAGUGACUUCUCCGAAGACUUGGAUUUGUUAGUGAGUGGAGGAGCUGAUGAGUGCAUCAAGUUGUGGGGCCUAUCAACCGGGUUACUUAUUAAGUCUCUGCCUAAUCAAGAUCAUUGGAUUUUGCGUGUUAUUCUUUUACCAGAUUUAUUUUACAGUUCCCACCAUGUUGUUAUAUAUAUGACAAGAGAUAAUGUAAAUAAAAUAAGCUGGCCUGCUAAUAACAACAGAAAUUUUAACAAUGACCUAAACUCUGUGGAAAAUAUAUCCAAUGACAAUAAUGAUCUCAAUUCUGACUGUGUAAUGGACAAACUGGGUAAGGUAGAUGAAAUCUUAUUGAAUUCACAUAUAUGCCUCAAUGAAGGGAACAAUAAUUUCUUUACACCAGGUCUUCAGUACAGCAGCAAGUUUGUGGGACUAAUCAAACAAGAUAUUGACGAGAAACAUGCAAACUUGUGUGUAUACGACAUAGAUACAUUUAAACUCUCGUAUAAUAUCAUUUUAAAAUUCAAAGUGAAAAAACUUCUGGCUCUUGGGAACAGAUAUGCCCUACUCUUAACUGUUGGCAAUGUUCUGUACUCUUCAACACUAGUGGUUGUGGAUGUUGUAACAGGAGAAACUGCUGGCACCCAUGCAGUUCCACAUUCCAAAAUGACAACUCCGGAUGGUGCGCAGCUUGUGGUGGGUGAUGUAGAGUGGCUUGAUGGACUUGGAAUGCACUUACCAGGGCCAUCGGUAAUGUCAGUAAGUGCUGAACCAAAUUCUGAAAAAUCUGACUGCAGUAAAAGUUCUCCAAGUUGCUCUUAUACUGCAACAGAAACACAAAAUCUCAAUAGACCCAGUAGCAUAGUGUAUAGUGAUGUUUGUUACAGAACAUAUACUCAAAAGGGCAGUCCAGAGUCAGGUGUACAAAAAUACUCCACCUAUCAUGCAUGCGUAGAAGGAAAUGUUUGGGAUUGUCAAGAUUCGUCCUCACCUUCUCCUGUUGGUGCUACGGGAGGAGAUUGGUGCCUAGGUUAUGCACAGUCAGAGCCUCAGUACUCUAACAACAACAGGCCUGUUACUGUCUCUUCAAAUGAUGUGCCCCUCCAGGUUACAGGGCUUCAGUCUCAUGGCAUCAACAUGACAUUCAGUAGUACCAAAGAGAGACAUAUUUCAGUCAAACUAGAGAGGCCGGGUCACUUGGUGUUGGCUGCAGGAGUGCAGAGUGAGCCUGGAAGGUUGUUCACACUAUGGUGGUCUCAGUCUACACUGGCAUCAAAAUGUAAAGAGGAAUAGCAGACUGUGUGAAAGAGUAGACGAAUGUAUUAUAACGUGUGAAUUUUAGAUCUAUACCUGUGUGUCCUUUCUAGGGAAAGUGGGUGUUAUGAUGCAAGUCAAGGGUCUUGAUUCAGCUAACAGGAGCUACCCUUCCCUUCCUCGAAUCAAAUUUGAUUUUCUUCCACUCUCCAGGCACUGUAUGACCCAUAUGGACUUUAUGCUUCCCUGUGAACUUUACAUAUAAUAAAUUUUUUUUAUAAUGUAUACCUAUGUUAUAGGUAGUAGGUUGGUAGACAGCAACUGCCCAGGGAGGUACUACCGUCCUGCCAAGUGAGUGUAAAACAAACCUGCAAUUGUUUUACAUGAUGAUAGGAUUGCUGGUGUCUUUUUUCUGUCUCAUAAACAUGCAAGAUUUCAGGUACGUUUUGCUACUACUUCUUACACUUAGAUCACACUACACAUACAUGUAUACAAGCACAUAUAUAUACACACCCCUCUGGAUUUUCUUUUAUUUUCUUUCUAGUGCUUGUUCUUGUUUAUUUCUUCUUAUCUCCAUGGGGAAGUGGAACAGAAUUCUUCCUCCAUAAGCCAUGCGUGUUGUAAGAGGCCACUAAAAUGCCGGGAGCAAGGGGCUAGUAACCCCUUCUCUUGUACAAAUUACUAAAUUUAAAAAGAAAAACUUUCAUUUUUCUUUUUGGGCUACCCUGACUUGGUGGGAUACGGCCGGUUUGUUGAAAAAAAAACUAUACCUAUGUGCAACGUGCAUGUUUUGCUUCCAUUUAAUGAAGCCAAACAAUAUGUUUCAGUAGAAGUGCUAAACCAUUAAGGGUCAUAGCAUUACUGUACGAUCCCUUCAGCUUGAGCAUUUAAUUGGAUUACGUAUAUUAUUAUUUAAGGGCCAUACAGUGCCUCGGAAAUGGUGAAGAAGGACGGUAAUCAGGUUUGAUCUGAAAAGUGGGUGAGUAGGUCAACUUUCCUGUAUCAAGAACUCUUCACUGUACCCCCGUCCCCUCUCCUCGAAGUGAAACACUACUGAGAAUGAAGAAUUAGAAACAUGUGCAACAUCUGGGUAUCUUUAUUUUUAGGCAUUUUGCCAUUCAGUGACUUCAUUGAUACAAAUUCAAGGACAUAAUGUGAAGACUGUAGAGCUAUAUACAAAAGACAAGGUAAUCAGUCCCUCAGCCUUGGAAUUGGUGAUGAGCACCAUAGUCUUGAAGAAUCUGAAGCACAGUCAUGAAGCUUGGUGCUUAUAUACUGGCAUCAAAUAAGGAAUGUUGAGGAAGAAGCAAAAAGUUCAGGAAACUAGGCAGACUGUUUUUAGCUGACUAGUGGUAAAUCAGACACUGGCCAUAGUGUAAAAAAUAGCAUGAAAACUUUACAAUUAAUAUAGGAAUAAUUAAGAUGUUUAACAGCCUAACAGGAAGACCCCUGGUUAUGGAAAGUAUCUUUGAAUUAACAAGGAAACUAGGUAAAGAUGUACCAAUAAGUAAAGCUUAAAGUAACUUUUAUUUUGGUAUUGAGUUAGAUAAGUGAAUCACGAUUCCCACAUCACUACUUUUAAGUGCUUCCUAUCUCUCUGAUUUAUGGACAUUUUCUACAUGGCAGAUGCCAUGAUGCUGGUGAAGGUUUUUGAUCUUAGGAACUGCUGUGGCUCUCCCUUUCCUUGAAUCACACUUGAUUUACCUCCCAUCCCUCAGGCACUGCAUGACUCCUAUGGAUUUACCUCUUCCCCAUGAAUACAAUACCGUAAUACUAGACAUAAUUCUUCACUAUGCAUUGUGUGCCAUCACUGCCAUAACAUACACAACUGGCAUGGUGCACUACACUGACACAGUGCCAGAUCAUACCAUAUUAUACACAGUACCUCAACACCAUAUCACAUUUGCAUGUGCUUUGUUCAUUUAUACAUCUAAUGCCCUUCUAGGUAGUUACCUUGACACUGGUAAAGGGUUCUUGAUCCAAAUAAUUAGAGUUACUCUCCCUUUCCUCUGAUUGAAUCUGAUUGCCUCCCAUUCCCAAAGUACUGUGUGAUCCCUAUGGGUUUUAUACUCCCCUCCCUCAUAAACAUGUAUCACCCUAUACGUAUAACCUUCCAGUUGUUCUCUUUUCACCUUGUAAAUGACCUAUUUUGUUAUAUUGCAUCCUCUUAUUUUUACUGCUUUCUCUGUUAAGAUUAUUGACAGUCUUGCUAGAAGGAGUUCAAACCACAACAGUCUGACUGGAAGGAGUUCAGGCCACAACAGUCUGAUUGGGAGGAGUUCAGGCCACAACAGUCUGAUUGGGAGGAGUUCAGGCCACAACAGUCUGACUUGAAGGAGUUCAGGCCACAGCAGUCUGACUAUGAGUUCAGGCCACAGCAGUCUGACUGGAAGGAGUUCAGAUCACAACAGUCUGACUGGAAGGAGUUCAGAUUACAACAGUCUGACUGGAAGGAGUUCAGACCACAACAGUGUGACUGGAAGGAGUUCAGACCACAACAGUGUGACUGGAAGGAGUUCAGACCACAACAGUCUGACUGGAAGGAGUUCAGGCCACAACAGUCUGACUGGUCACAGACCAGGCCACAAUUAGUAGACAUUGGAGUGAUCCUUCACCACUCCUUGCACUGAAUAACCCACACAGGUUAAGUGGUUCAUUAGAUGCAAUACAAUCUUGUCAUGCACUUCACACUUGUAAUGCUUAUGUAAAAAAGGAAAGAUUCAUGUGUGUCAUACAGACAACAUGCUGUACAGAUAAGCAUGUCAUAUAGACAACAGUAUUGUAGACAAGUCCACUGUAAAAACAAGCAUGACGUAUAGACAAGUAUUGUAUAGACAAGUGCUGUAUGGACAAGUAUUGUAUAGACUAAGUGUUGUACAAACAUAUACACUGGAGGCUAAUACCCAUUUCAAAUACCUUGUGGAAGUAGACCUGGAAAACAGCCCAGCAUGAAGAAGAAGGAACUAUCCAGAUUUCAAGAUAGAGGACUACGUAAGAAUCAAGGAAUUCGUAAAUACAGUGUAGUGGGAAAGGAGUUGGAAGGAAAGAAGACAAAUGAGAUGGAGCACAUAGCCAUAAAGUAAAGGAUGAAUUCAUACCCAGAAGAGGCCAGAAAGAGCUUGUGGUUCACUUGAAGAUACAGAAGGGCAAUAACAAUAUGCAUUUAAGCAUGAAAAACCUACAGAAAGUGAAGGACGAUAGAAUAUAAAGAAGUGAUUAAGAGGAAAAGAAUGAAAUAUUAAUGGAUGAAGAGAGCCUGACAAACAAUUUCAGACUGAAAUAAUAGCAAUAGUCUGAAUCAAAACAAACACAGCCAUACAGAAUGAUGACAAUAAAACAUCAGGUGAUAAGGUUGAAGGAGAGAAGAGAGAUCACAAAGAAUGACAAGAAAAUCUGUGAGGAACUGAAACUUAAGGAAGAGAAUACUUUAGAAUCAGGAACAACACUAUAAAAACAAAGGAUACCAAUGAGUAGUGACUCAAUUCAUGCAGCAGGGAAAGAAGUGACAGUCACCAGGGGUUCCAAGAGGAAGCAGAAGUACAAUGUAAACCACUAGCAAAGUGUUAUAGUAAGAGUUCAUGCACAGGAGGAUGAUAGGCAUCGCAUAUUAAGAUAGGCACAUUGGUAAAUUAUCAUAAAGAUAACUAAGAAUCAUAUAGUGUUUGGGAACUACUAGGUA